AUUUGAUUACUACUUUAUUUGAUCUCACUGAACUAAUGGAUAUUCAUUUUAGCUAAAUUUAAUCGAAUUAAGAAAUGGCCACCACUACUGUAAUGAAAUUAAUGGGACUGUCAAUUAGUGCAGCCAAAAGAGCAGGGGGAAUAAUUAGAGAUAUCAUGAAAUCUGGUCAGUUAGAUAUAGUAGAGAAAGAGGGUAAAGAUGAUCUACAGACUGAAGCAGAUAGAUCAGCACAGAGAUGUAUAAUUGCAUCAGUGUCAAAACAAUUUCCAAAUAUUAAAAUUAUUGGAGAGGAGGGAAAUGCACACACGUCUAAUGUACCAGACGACAUGCUAGUUACCGAAGUUGAUGUUGAAUUUAUUACAAAAAAUAGUUGUCCAGAUUAUCUUAAAGACAUUAAAGAGGAAGAUUUAGUUGUUUGGGUUGAUCCAUUAGAUGGAACUUCGGAAUACACCCAAGGAUUUUUGGAACAUGUUACAGUAUUAAUUGGUAUUGCUUUUCAAAGUUCUGCAGUAGGUGGAGUUAUACACCAACCAUAUUAUCAAAAUGCUAAUGGCGAAAUUGGUCGAACAAUUUGGGGAUUAAAAGGUUUAGGUGUAGAUGGGUUUAAUUCGAAAAAAUUAGAUAGUAGCAAAUUUAUUGUAACAACAACUCGAUCACAUUUUAAUAAUCUUGUUAAAAAUGCUUUGGAUGCAAUAAAUCCAACCGAAGUUAUACGAGUUGGUGGAGCUGGUUUUAAAGUUUUACAGCUUCUAGAAGGCAAAGCGCAUGCAUAUGUCUUCGCAAGCGCUGGAUGCAAAAAGUGGGAUACCUGUGCUCCAGAGGCAAUUUUGGAGGCUCAUGGUGGCGUAUUAACUGAUAUUUCAGGAGAGCAUUACCAGUAUAAUGCUGAUGUUGAAUUCCCGAACAAAAAUGGUGUAUUAGCUACAGCACCUGAUGUUUCACAUCAAUUAUUAGUAGAUCAAAUUCCAAAAGAAGUGAAAGAAAGUAUGAGCAACAAGUAGAUAAAAAAUUGUAAAGUUUUAGGAAAUUGUUACAGCUUGUUUGUUUAAUAUUAAAGUAGGAUAUUAAAUUGAUUUUCUUGACGAAGAGCAACAAUAUGUUGCCAGUUAUAUUAUGAAAAUAAAACAUCGUUUAUCCAAUAAAAUCUAACCGUCUAAUUUUAAUACAUUGCUUAUAUU